CAGUUGAGUUUGGACGAGCAUCAGGAAAAGCAAGAUUCAAGAAAUCCUUGAGGCCAGUUUGCCACUCAGCAGAAUCUCUGUCCUUAUCCAUCCAACUCUUAUCUCGCGUCAUUUUGCCUUAUGUUCGUAAAGCCAGUCCUGUUAAAAAACAUAGCAGCUGCAUUAGUGGCUGAAUUACAACGAGCAUCAUCAGUAUGCAUUAGGGUCAAGUAUUUGUAGGGAAUAUCCCAAGAAAGGAAAACAAAGCAAAUCCCAACAUCCAUUUUCCACAGCAAACCUUGAGGGGGUACAUGAGAUGUUGGUCAUUGAUGGAUAUAGCGAGGAUGACAGAGCAACCUUUAAGGUAUCCUUAAGCUCAUGGCCUGGACAACCAGCUGAGAGUAUUCAAGUCAAGAAGCAUGGAGAUGAUGCUUUUCAUUCCAAAGAUUUUAUGGAAGUGGUCGAGUGUUAUUCAAGGUUUGUCGAUACCGGUGCCAUGGAGUCCCCAACUAUGCUAGUGCGACGAGGUUUCGCGAACAUUGUACUUGGCAGGCUGGAAGAUGGCCUCGAAGACGCGAGGAAAGCAGAGAGAAAGGGUAGAACUAGGACUGUAUAGAGCCCGCCCGCCCUCGGUGGGACAAUUGCCUUCGCUUCUGUACAUAGAUCGCCUGCAUGAUGCUUUUGCAACCAGUGGCAGUGGGACUGUUUUUUUGGUCUCUCCCCUAACCUGAACCGGUGUUUCUAGUGGUUUUACAAGACUCCUAGGCUGUGGCUGUUAUUACACCUCCAAUAUAUCCAUAUAAGUACAAAAUUGAAAAUAGCGUUCCGUGGAUUUGAGAUUGUAAAGCGACAUUAUUUAGUCUUAUCUCUCUCUCCAAAUUCAUGUAUAUACAGAACUCCAAAGAGAAUUAUCUGGAUCCAAACUUGAACUGGUAUGGUUGAUCAAGUGUCUCCUA